AUGGCCGACUCCUUCAUCCCCUCCGCCGAGAUCGACGAGGUCUUUGCCCACACCACCAACUUGGCCUCAUCGGCCCUCAACAGCAAGGUUCUCGCCUGCUCCAACGACUACUUCGCCGUAGCCUCCAACCUCCUCACUCCCACCCCUCCCAUCAACCGCCCCGGUGUCUUCGUGCACACCGGCGCCUGGUACGAUGGCUGGGAGACAAGACGUCACAACCCCGAGCCCUACGACUGGGUCGUGAUCAAGCUCGGCGUCGCCAGCGCCGCCAUCCAAGGCGUCGAAGUCGACACGGGCUUCUUCGUCGGCAACUACGGCGAAAAGGCCGAAGUGCAGGGUACCUACGCCCCCGCCGACAGCGGCAUCACAGACGAGCAGAUCGCAGACCCCGCAUACUCGGGCUGGUCGACCAUUCUUAGCCCGCAACCCUGCGGCCCCAAGCAGCGUCGCGCUUGGAAACUCGGCAACUACGACCCCGCCAACCCCAAGCCUUACACCCAUGUGCGUCUUCUGAUGUACCCCGACGGUGGCUUUGGCCGACUGCGUCUGUACGGCCAUGCCAUCCCGCCUCCCCCUCCUGCACAGUCGGCCGCUAGCACGGCCGUGGAGGAAUUGUCGUCUGCCCUGCUGGGUGGUCUGGCCCUGGCUGCGUCCGACCAGCACUUCACGCCUUGCUCGAAUCUGCUGCUGCCGGGUCGGGGCAAGGAUAUGGGAGAUGGGUGGGAGACGGCCCGAUCGCGAGGCGCCGGCCAUGUCGACUGGGCCAUUGUCAAGCUGGGUGUUCCUGGUUCUGUCUCUAAGAUUGUCGUGGAUACCAAGGAUUUCCGAGGGAACUUCCCCCGAGCCGUGAGAGUUCACGGAUUGGUUGAAGGAAAGGAGGGCGAAGUGCCUGCGCACGACCAUGCAGGAUGGGUUGAGCUGAUCAGCGGCGACAAGCCCUGCAAAGCCGAUACAGAGCAUGUCUUUGAAGCAGCAGAUCUCGCUGCUGGAGGUGAGGAUACCCGGGUCUUCACUCAUGCCAAGUUGACUCUUGUGCCUGAUGGUGGAGUGAAGCGUUUCCGGAUCUUUGGCAAGAGGGCUUAA